AUGGUCUCGGUCUAUAAAUUGAUCCUGGAUCAUGAGCUAAUGCCACCCCGCCAAACUUCCUCAGUUCUCCGUUUCGUUCUAUCGAUCCUUCUCGAUCCCCUCCUCCUUCGAAAUGGUUGUCGCUCAGCGUGUGAAGGAAGCGGAGAUCACAGAACAGGAUUCACUGCUUCUGACCAGAAACCUACUUCGCAUAGCCAUAUUUAACAUCAGCUAUAUCAGAGGCCUUUUUCCAGAGAAGUACUUCAACGACAAAUCUGUUCCUGCCCUAGAUAUGAAGAUUAAGAAGCUUAUGCCCAUGGAUGCCGAGUCCAGAAGGCUGAUCGAUUGGAUGGAGAAAGGUGUGUAUGACGCAUUGCAGAAAAAGUAUCUGAAGACACUUACCUUCUCUAUCUGUGAGGAGUUAGGAGGCCCAAUGAUUGAAGAGUAUGCUUUUUCAUUCAACUAUGGUAGUUCUGAUGGUGAAGAGGUAUGCAUGAAACUUAGUCACAAUGGAAACAAGAAGAAUGGUGCAACCUUCAAAUCUAACAUGAAUGAUGUUACCCCUGAUCAAAUGAGGAGUUCUGCUUGUAAGAUGAUACGGACACUUGUUUCACUGAUGAGGACCUUGGAUCAAAUGCCAGAGGAGCGCACCAUUCUGAUGAAACUUCACUACUAUGAUGAUAUCACGCCUGAAGAUUAUGAGCCUCCGUUCUUUAGAAAAUGUUCUGAGAAUGAGCCAGCUUGCACCUGGGCAAAAACUCCAUUGAAAAUGGAAGUGGGAAGUGUGAACAGCAGGCACCUUCUCUUCUCCCUGAAGGUUAAAAGCAUCCUUGAUCCCUGUGAGGAUGAAAAUUAUGGACAUGCUGAAGAUGAAGAGGUGAGCCUUGGAGAUGACUCAGUGCAGGGGAAUGACUCUUCUUCUGACAGUGAGGUGCGCCCAUCCCUUGCAGAUCAGUUCUUUGUAGCACCUGCAGGCAAAAAGCAUCCACCUGCAGAGAAUGGAACUAUUUCUAAUGAUGAAACUCAAGAUGCUGCCCACGAAGAUGAGCAGGCAUCUCGAGUUAGGAAUUGGAUAUACAUGAGACACACAAGUAAAAUUGAUCUGAUAGACAUUCUUUCAGAUUUCCCUGACAUAUCGGUGGCACUAAUUGAAGACAUUGUGGAAAAGUUGGUAAAAGAGGGUCUGCUAACCAGAGUUAGGAAGGACACUUAUACCAUUAACAAGGAAAUUAACUGCAAAACAAGUACAGUGAAGGAGGAGAACGAUGUGCAAGAUGUUAAAAUAGUUGAGAAAGUAUCCAAGAACUCUCAAGAUUAUAUGUACAUGAAGGCACUUUACUAUGCUCUUCCUAUGGAUUAUGUGUCAAUAUCAAAGCUUCAGAGCAAACUUGAAGGUGAAGCCAACCAGAGCACAGUUAGGAAACUGGUCGACAGGAUGGAACAGGAAGGGUAUAUUAAAAACACUGGCAACAGAAGGUUGGGUAAGCGUGUCAUACACUCUGAAUCUAGUAACAGAAAGUUGCUUGAGGUCAAAAAAAUUCUGGAACAGAAAAUGAUGGAAACUGAUGCCAACUGCCUAAUGUUAGAUACCACUGUCGCAGAGUUCCCUCUCCAAGACAUAAACAUGAAUGAUAAUUCCACAUUUGGUGGUCUCCACUCGGUUGGGUCUGAUCUCACACGCACACAAGUCAAAUCUAAGCAACUCCAGAGUGGACCACUAAACAGUGAUCAAACAGGUCCCUCAAAAGACCAGGAGCGUGGCAACUCUCCCACUAGACGUCCUGUGCCAAUUGCUUCUCUGGAGAGUGCAGUGGCCAGAGAAACACCGAAGAACGUUGCCACAGGGCCAGGCGAUGACUCCCAGUCCAUCCAUGACAAGCGUUUGAGGAAGGCCAGCACGGUUGAUGAGCCGAUUCUUCAGUACGUCAAACGCCAGAAAUCUGAAGCUUAGUUGGAUAUUAUAGUUGUGCACUUUCAAGAAAGGGUAAAGAACUAAUGGUAUAAAUUGUUAGUUUUUGAGGAAAACUUGCUUCUUCUACUAUGUCUGAGAUCGUAAAGUUUUGAGCUUAGGGUUCUUGUUUGGUAAAUGGUUAGAUUUUAGGGGAAGACCAGAUUAGUCUUUCACCAAUUUCGAUCUUUUACGUUUGCACUCGUUUAAAUAUUUUGGACUUUAGUACCCUUACUUGCCACUGAACAAGUAUUAGUGAAAACCGCUUUAUUUGCAA